GGGUCGGGCGCGGGGGGUGACGGCGGCGGCGCGGCCAUGCCGGCGGCGGGCGAGCGGAGCGCGGCGCGGCGGGAGGCUACGGGGCGGCGGCUGGCGCGGUUCGCGGCGCUCAGAGGGAAGGCCGCCGGGCCCGGCCAGUUCUGGGACGUGGUGGCGGUGACGGCCGCGGACGCGGAGCAGGCGCGCGCCUACCGGCGGCAGCUGGCGGAGAAGCUGCGCGGGAGGGAGCUGCCGCUGGGCGCCCGGUACCAUGUCUUCGUGGAUCCGCCGGGACCCAAAAUCGGCAAUGGUGGAUCAACACUUCAUGUUCUUCGAUGCCUGGAAGAUCUGUAUGGUGAUAAAUGGACUUCUUUUAUUGUGCUGCUAAUUCACUCUGGUGGUUACAGUCAACGUUUACCAAACGCAAGUGCCCUGGGAAAGAUUUUCACAGCUUUGCCUUUUGGCGAUCCCGUUUACCAGAUGUUGGACCUGAAGCUCGCCAUGUACAUUGAUUUCCCCAGUCACAUGAAGCCAGGAAUUCUCGUUACGUGUUCAGAUGAUCUAGAACUGUACAGCACCGGACUUACAGAAACCAUCACAUUUGAUAAGCCUGGAUUUACCGCGUUAGCUCACCCUUCGGAUUUGACAGUUGGGACCACUCACGGAGUAUUUGUUCUGGAUCCAUCCAGCAUUUCGGGAAAAGGAGGACUUGAAUACACGUCUUGCCAUCAUUUCCUGCACAAGCCUGAUGUCGAGACGAUGCGCCAGUGUGGCGCGGUAUGCGUAAGGGGGAAUUCUUCUCAGCUAAGUUCCUCUGGAGACCACAGUGACUCAGAAAUGGACUCGGAGUGUGUGUAUACAGACAGUAUAUUUUACAUGGAUCAUAGCGUUGCAAAACAAUUACUGAUGUUUUAUAAGCAGAUAGGCACUCUUUCCUGUGAAAUAGAUGCAUACGGUGACUUCCUCCAGGCCCUGGGACCUGGAGCCACUCAAGAUUACACAAAAAACACAAGUAACGUCACAAAAGAGGAAUCCCAGUUAGUAGAAGUACGGCAGAAGCUAUACUCCCUUCUGAAAGGAACUGCGCUUAAUGUUAUAGUCUUAAACAACUCCAAGUUCUAUCACAUUGGAACGACGCAAGAGUAUUUGUUUCAUUUUACAUCUGAUAGCAAACUGAAAUUUGAGCUUGACUUACUGCCUGUGGCUUUCAGCAGCUUUUCUGAGAAAGCUGAGAGCUUGGAUCAGUCAGCAAGUGUCAUUCAAAGCAUACUCGAGCCUGGGUGUUCCGUAGGGCCUGGGUCCGUCAUUGAAUACUCUAGAAUCGGACCUGAAGUCUCAGUAGGGAAGAAGAGCAUUAUUAGUGGAUCGCACAUAAAUGUGAAAGUAGACAUACCUUCAAAUUGUUUUCUAAGUUCAUUAAGUAUAAAAAUUAACGGUCAAGUAAAGUACAUAAGUAUGGUGUUCAGUGUAGAAGAUGACUUGAAGCGGAGUGUGAAAUUGUUGUCAGAGAUACACUCGCUCCAGUUUUUUGGAGUCAGCUUGCUGGAAUGCUUGGAGCUCUGGGGUGUGAAGGUUUCGGACCAGCUCUUCUCCGGUGAGAGCAUGCGCCUGGGGCUGUGGACUGCCAGGAUCUUUCCUGUUUGUUCUACUUUAAGUGAAUCAGUUAGGAUGUCGUUAAAAAUGUUAAACUCUGUGCGGCACAUGUCAGCUUUUAAAUUGCAUGGCUUUAAGCUCUUGUCUGUUGAAGAAAUGCUCACCUACAAGGAUGUAGAAGACAUGUUGAAGUUUAGGAAGCAAAUUUAUGAUGAAAUCUGUCUACAAAGACAAAAAGAGAAGUCUGAUUUGUAGAAUGAACUGUACUUGAAGAAAUUUCCUGUUUUCAUUUGUAGGUGAUUGAUUACUUCCCAUCUUGUAAAAAUCAUAAGAAAAAAGUACACAAAUGUCUGAUUUCAUUGAAGUAGGAAUAAUGAAAUUGCAUUAACAACGUUGUUGUAGCAUAACAUUAAUAAUGCAGCAAAUGCAGAUAAACUAUUCUUUUGAUGAAAUAAAUAUUUCACAUGUCUGAAAACACUCAUUGGUGACUU